GCUAACUCGGUGUACGGAAAUGGGCAGCAGGUUCUAAGGUCAGAGGGUAAAGGCUAUUCUCUGGAUUGAGAAUACACACAGCCAUCUUGGAUCAAAAGAAGAGAAGGGAAAUUGAUGCGGUGACGAAGGCAUGUUCGGUUCUAGAAAGAAGUUUGUAGAGUUUGUCGAGGUAGUCGAUAACGACUUUCCCGAUGAAAGCAUGUACUACAACCAGCCGUCGAUGUUCCCACAUCGGACGGACAAGGAUAUGCUGUCGUCUCCUUCGCCAUCAUCAUCAGGUCAACUGUCACAGCUUGGUGCCAGUUUGUAUGGUCCACAAAGCGCCCUCGGGUUCUCGAUAAGGGGAAUGGGUAACAACACGCCUCAGUUAAAUCGCAAUUUAUCGCAGGGCUCCCAGCUACCAAGUCACAUUACGCCCACAACGGGGGUACCCUCCAUGUCCCUCCAUACUCCACCAUCACCAAGCAGGGGGACUUUGCCGAUGAACUCGAGGAACAUGCUGAACCACGCCCAGGUGGGGCAGGGCAUCGGUAUGACGGGUAGGACCAACAGCAUGGGCAGCUCAGGGCUGGGCAGCCCCAACCGCAGCUCCCCGAGCAUCAUCUGUAUGCCCAAACAGCAACCAGCACGCCAGCCCUUCACCAUAAACAGCAUGUCAGGGUUUGGAAUGAAUCGCAAUCAAGCUUUUGGGAUGAACAACUCUUUAUCAAGCAACAUCUUCAACGGCACAGACGGGAGUGAAAAUGUAACCGGAUUGGAUCUGUCCGACUUCCCCGCGCUGGCAGACAGGAGUCGAAGAGAAGGUAGCGGAAACCCCACACCACUGCUCAACCCGCUGGCUGGAAGGGCUCCCUAUGUUGGCAUGGUGACAAAACCAUCCACUGAACAGACGCAGGACUUCUCCAUCCACAACGAGGACUUCCCCGCGCUACCAGGGCCCAACUACAAGGACCCCACGUUGAGCAACGAUGAUAACAAAACUAACUUGAACUCUACAGGAAAGAGCACAUCCAAUGCAGAUGGGCCCAAGUUUCCCGGAGACAAGACGGGCUCGGCACAGAACAACAACAAUCAGAAGAAGGGCAUCCAGGUGCUGCCGGAUGGCCGGGUGACGAACAUUCCCUCAGGGAUGGUGACGGACCAGUUUGGGAUGAUCGGACUGCUGACGUUUAUUCGGGCGGCAGAGACGGAUCCCGGAAUGGUCCAUCUUGCGCUGGGAAGCGACCUCACAACACUGGGACUCAACCUCAACUCACCAGAAAACCUGUACCCCAAGUUUGCAUCGCCCUGGGCUUCAGCACCUUGUCGACCCCAAGACAUCGAUUUCCAUGUUCCAUCGGAGUACUUAACCAAUAUUCACAUAAGGGACAAGUUGGCUUCAAUUAAGUUGGCCCGAUACGGUGAAGACCUGCUGUUCUAUCUGUACUACAUGAAUGGUGGAGAUCUGCUACAGCUUCUGGCAGCAGUGGAGCUGUUUAAUCGUGACUGGCGGUACCACAAAGAAGAGCGGGUUUGGAUCACGAGGGCGCCCGGCAUGGAGCCCACACUAAAGACCAACACCUACGAGAGGGGAACCUAUUACUUCUUUGAUUGUCUUAACUGGAGGAAAGUAGCCAAGGAAUUUCAUCUGGAGUACGACAAGCUGGAAGAGAGGCCUCUGGUGCCGACAACAUUCAACUACAACCCAGCCCAGCAGGCCUUCUAAGGCCCCGACCAGUACCAGUUACAGCUGUUCCUGCACACCACCCUGUCCUUGGUUUUUAUUCCUCGAGGAUUCGGCUAAUUGACUUUGGGAUUUGGGGAGGGGGGAGGGGGGGAGGGAGGGAGGGGGAGGGAGUGGUUGCCACCAUGGAAGAGCGGAGCAGAAUUGCCCUGCCGUUCCAAAAUUACAUGCUGCCCAAAACACCAACACUUCUGUUCUGUUUUUAGUACCUUUUCUUCUUCUUUUUUUCUUUUUCUUUUUUUUUUUUCCUCCUGUUUAUUUUGUUUUGUUUUUGAGCAGGGUCUGUUAUGUUUACAUCUCUGGAGCCUUUUGUUGCCCCAAGGCAAGAGGACUGACAGUGUGGCAUACUUAACAGAGACAGAACAAGGGUGAUGCCUCAGACUUUCCAGCAAGUGUUAAGGACAGAUAAAAAGGCGAGGACGGUAUCGUUACCAAAGUGCCAUCCUCUGAAGUAAAGUAAAAGGGUGAACAAAAUGCAAUGUUUAUUGUUGCACUAUAUUUAGUAAUAAAAGAACACAAAAUCGGUUUGUGCUUUUUCAUGUAAUAACACUCCCACUUCCUUUUUCGGGGGGGCAAAAACAACCAUUUUAUCCACAUACAUCCCUGGUCAUUUUCUCCAAACCUUCCUGCCGAAAUUUUCCUCAAGAACAACUCCUCAAAUAUGGAUUUUCUCUAGUCUGUCUCGAGCUGUCUGACCCCCUUUUGCCUCUCUGUUGUUUGUGUGUUGACUAUACCAUGGACACAUUAGGGACUGUGAGUUUUCAUAGGCCAACCAGUCCUGAGGUUAACUACCAAGCGUCGUUUUACAGCAAGCAAAACAUUUUCCAGUCUUUGUCACAAUUUUGUAAUAAAUGUGUACAUUUAUUUUUAGUUUCUUGGCAUCACAUGAAUGAGUAUAUGGAUGUACGAAUGUGUAUAUAUGAUUGCUAUAUAUAUAUAUGUAUGUAUAUAUAUAUGACAUCUAUUUUGGAAAAAAAAUUGCCCAGCCUUGUACCUCGUUUUUAUGAGGAGAGCAUGGAUGCAAUAUGUGGAUAUAACAGGACAUUUCUGGAUCUGCUGGUCAGGGUGUCGAUUAGUGUGGGCACUUGCAACAAAAAUAAAUCAAAAUUAAAAUGUUUCAAACAAGGAAAAUUACCUUAUUCUGGGAGGGUGGGGUGGUAGUUUAAAAAGCGAUUACUGAGUUCAACGUAGAACGGCGUUUCAUUUUAAGCUGUUUAAACAGCAAUAUUUCAUAGGAAAAGGAAAAUUGACAAUUUGAGAAAAAAAAAUACUCCAGACUGAUCUUGUAUUUUCUGAAGUUAAGCUUUUAUUUGUAUUAAAGCAGAAAAGGCUUUCCUGAA